UCGCGCUGUAAACGUCGCACGGCGAACGUCCUUUACGGCAGGCGUCUGUGUCUCCCCGAAACCGGCUGUCGUGAUCUGCGCCCAGGGAGCCUACAAGGGCACUUCUGUGGUGCGGUAGGUGCUGCUGUGUCCGCACAGCCAAGCCAUGCCUUUCUUUGAUGUGCAGAAAAAGCUGGGCAUUAGCCUCGAUCGCCACUUCGUAUUCCAAAGUGUUGAGCAGCCCUUCAAGAUUCCCUCCCGAUGCCAUGCUUUCGAAAAAGAGUGGAUAGAGUGUUCACAUGGCAUCGGUGCUACCCGGGCUAAAAAAGAGUGCAAGAUAGAAUUUGAAGAUUUCGAGGAAUGUUAUCUUCGGUAUAAAACGAUGAAGCGCCUGGGUCAAAUCAAACGACAGCGGGAUACGCUGGUUAAAGAGGGGAAAUACACCCCUCCCCCUCACCACAGGGGCCAGGAGGAGCCCAGGCCCUGAGCAGAGCAGGUGGACGCUGCUUUUCAUGCUGUUUUCCGCUGGGAGAAAGUCUAAUGAAAACUGCUUCAUUGAGUACAUAAAAAUAAAGAAUUAGUCAACCUCACUUGUUGUGUUUUCUCUCGGGCCAUGCUUCGCAGUGGUGAAAGUUUGUCUAAGUCCUCCUCCUGAUUAAUGCCUGAAGAACUGAAGCUGAACCAGGGGCUCAGGGCAGCCAGGCAUUCGAGUGCAGUUUGUACAAGGCUCAUUAUCAUCACACCGCCUUUGAUAAGAGGGCUGCUUCCCAGGCCAGCUGUGCAAGGUUAUUUAAAUGCUCAACCAUGUUGUUUGUCUUCAGGAAAACAUCUGAGGUACAGGAAUAUUUGAGGAAGGCCGCAAGCAUUCCUGUGUUCAAAUGUCCUUCUUGGGAUAGCAACAUGGGGUGUUCCCAUGCCUGUGCUACAAAUUCAUUCUAUCCUCAUGUAACCUUAAUUCAAACCCUAACGGUUGUUGAUGGUGGUGUUUGUAGCCCAGGUGUCCUCUCGCUAAGCCUCCUGCCUGCUGGAAUUAUAGACAAGAGCUACAAUGAGCCUUUUACAAAUUAUUUUGUUUUUUGAGACAGUUUUCUGUGUAGUGCUGGCU